CGCUGAAACCCGCAAGCGUCACGUCGCGACCACAGGGAGCCCCCAAAGCCAAUGUGGCAUGGGCUGUUUCUUUUCCUAAACUCUAUAACUUUGUAACAUAUUCCUGCUCUCCGAUCUCCUCUUUAACCACGACCGCUAGCUGCAGAAGCACACGGAGCACACCACCGACACAUACAACACUGCUUCUACCCAACAAAACACCGCACAACGCACCUGUAUGACGACGAUCAGGCUAUAAGCGCUGGGAACGUCGCCUUGCCGCGACGGCUGCUAGUUGACUUCCGAACGCUUACUGAAACACUUCACUCGCCCUGAAAUCAAGUCUAAAGACCCUCUCGCUGUUGUCAAAGUACGGACGACCGCCUCUGCUGCGCAAUGGCAACCUUCGUCAUGGAUGAGGACAUGCAGUCCGACACGCAACAGCCUUUUGCUCUGCCUGACGGGCCACCGUCUGCGAGCAAGUCAAGAUCCAUGUCCGACGGCGAGGCUACCGCUACUAAACUCUCGCCGUCACAGUAUAUUGCCCAGUCCUCAAAGAAUGCCUCCCAGGACGACAUUGGCAUCAAGGACACGCCGCCGCCAGCAACUCCACGCCGCUCGAUCAUCCGGGGACAGCUGUCUGAUGCCCUCGACGCCGCAAGACAGAACACGCCACCCCCUCAGAGUACAAUGACGACACCGAAUACACAAAUACGACAAGCACCGCCAUCGCCUAGAGCCGAACAUGCCCAGAUGUAUGCGUCCCCGACGAACCUGCUACCGAGACGAUCACGCGGCCUCGACUUCUCCCGCGCGGCUACGAGCUUACAUCACUCUACAUUAGCCGAGCAGCCAUCACUAGAGUCUUCGGGCACUGUUGGUGGUCGAGGAAUCAAUAUACCAGGCCGUCGAGGUGGUUACAGCGGAACAGAGCAGACGUCGUCGUCCCUCUGGUCCGUCGUGGGAACCCAGGAACGCAUGACUGUCAGCAGCUCGCUGGGUAGCACCCAAGCCAUGGGCUCUGAUACGUCUAGCUCCUCUGACGACGACCUCAUGGAUGAGGAUGCCGACGAAUCCUACAUCACUACUCCCCAGGUCUACAAAACAGGCCUACCUGGCGCUGGCGUCUUUGGAAACCCCUUUGGAUCGCCAGCCAUGGGAAGCCCAGCCAGCUUUCAGCAAAGACAACGGCCGCGUAAAACAAUAAAGAAGAAACCCCGCGGCCCUCUUGGCUUAGGGUUUAAUAUUGCGUCAGCGUCCCUUUCAAGGUCCCCUCCUGCUCAAAACCCCCGUGCUCGACGAGAGAGCAUUACUUGGCAAGCAAACCAGCUAAACCUGUCAGCGGCAGAGGGCGAUGAUACAUCCAGAUCGCUCAGCGAUGCGGAUGGGAACCCUACUGAGGCCCAAGUCCGCCGUGUUACCGCCAGACGUGGCAAUCUUUUGCCCAAAACAAAAGGAUUCGCACGCAUUAGAGCAGCGCUUAUGGAAGAGGGCGCGCCGGCUGAUGCCGAAACAAAACGAGAGGCCGAGGUUGUCAAGCAGGUUCGCGAUAGCGACAGCACCGAAAGCAGACUGACAUCAACCAAUCUGGACUUGGCAUCCGUGACGGCAGCAUUGUCGUCUCCAAAUUUGACGACUCUAGAUGCAGAAGAACCACUGGAGGAUGACCUGAUGGGCGACAUGUCCAUGGCGUUCCCGAGCAGCUUCAAGCAACAAGCCAUGAGAAACUCUAAAGGCAAAGCAUUCUGGGACACCUUUUCGGAAUGCAGCAGCGUUGGGGGCAGCAGAGCUUCACCUCCUCCAGCCCCCUUUUUACCCCGCGACUCAUCCUCUGGCAUCAGUGAAGACGCAGGCACUGAUUCGCCCUUUACUACUGGUGGCGCGUAUAGCCAAGGACAUUCCCAAGCCAGUGCCGUUGGGCCUAUGCCUCCUACUGCUGCAGAAAUAACCCGACGCAUCAAUACAAAGCGUCGGCGAGACGACGACUUUGACCCGACUAGCUUCAAGCGCCGCGCCGUCAGUCCAGGGCUAAGCGUCCACAAUUCGCCCAUUGUGCAGAGUCCAAUGCAACGAGACGCUCUGCCAUGGGGAACCUCGUCUCGCCCAGGUAGCGUCACUGGACCAGUAGCAGGCGAGAAGGCCGCCACUAGCAGUGCACCGAGUGAUUCUGGAAGCGGCACACCAGCAACCUCCGGCAGCAAGCCUGGUGCCAAGGGCCGUGUUGGCGUUCAAGGCAUGGGCGACACCAACGAUGGCAUUAUGCGUAUGAGCAUUGAAUAAAACACUGCUAGCGCAACAUCUGUACUUAUAACCCCCUCCUACUGUGUUUGCCAUAGUAGGACCCGCUCAAUUUGAUUUAGCGACUGAUACAUUGACCAUCUUUGCUUUUACAGCUGUUUGAGCUUGGAGUCACGGGCUUCCAUUUCAUUUUUGCACAUUUGAUUCUUUUUUUCAUCUUUCUUAGGAAAUAAUACAUAGCGUAAUUAAAAGAGUAUAGAUCUAUAUCAGACCAGAAAUAAAAAUACCAUGGACAAGUUCCUCGUACUGUCCCAAACGCCUAGCUAUGCUAAAAGUGAAAGCAAAACGAAAAGCACAAAACGUACACUGCAACACCACACGCAUUGCAUUUACUCCAGAGCCACACUUUCCUCAGGCACCUUGAGAGUGCUGAGACGAUCGUCCAGCCAGCGUGCAAGCUCCGCAGCGUGUCUGCGCAUGGCUACGACUGACGUUGCCGUCGUGCUGUCCAAGCUCGUCGUCGUGUGCGCCCCAGCACUCGCAAGGCUUUCCACAUCGCUAGGGCUUCCUCCAGACGUUGUGAUUGUUGCAUCUGCAUACGAGACGUCCACGCCGCGCGGGUCAGCGGUCAAGUCGGCUGGGGCAGCAUCGGCAGCAGACGGGCCAAUGCAGACAAAGAGAAGCCCGCACUUGAGGCGGCGGAUGAUGACGGUGCCCUGCGUAAGCUGGACGGUGAUUGUGACGGGCUUGAUGGAGUUUGCAGGCGCCAGGCCGGUCCGUCCUCUCGUCUUGCUGCUGCGGGUCGGCAGACGGCCCUCGUCGUCGUCGUGGCUGUAGGCUGCGUCGUCCUCGUCGUCGUCCUCGGGAGGCGGGCUGGCUCGAGGCUCGGGGGUGUCUGCGCCGGGGAGAGCACUGGGCAGGACGGCCGACGAGGAGGUGUGUAUGGCAAGCAGGGAGCCGGCGACAGUGGCGUGGGUGCGCAGCACGGAGACGGGGUUCGGGCUGGCGUGGGCGAGGAGCUUGCCCUGGCUGGUGGUGAGCAGUAGUGUUGGGAGCUGCGGCGACUGGUUGGCGUGGAGGAAGGCCGUGAGGCGCUUCGUUAGGAGGAGCGGUGUUGCUGUGUUUUGGAGCGACAUUGCAAGGUGGUUAGUUGGUCGAGAGAUGAGGCAGCAAGCAGGUCUGCUGCGGCGGGGGUGGGCGUUGUAGAAGUUGGCGGGCUCUCUUAGGGUUUGUUGGAUUGCUCUGGGUGCUGUGUCGUCGGAUAGGAGGGGAAUAGGAGGUGUUGCAAAGGGAGAGACGAGACGAGAAGGAGGUUGGCGGUGGUGGUUUAUGCGGGUGAAGCUGCGGUGGAUUUUGCCAGCUGCGCCAAUGUUGUAUUCUGGCCGUUCUUGGAUCUUGGGCGACGUCACCCGCAGAAAGUGGGCCAGCAGCAACGCCUGUGGGUUCAGUGCAGUGCGGUGCGGUGCGUUUUGGGGGGCUGUGGCUGGUGCUGCAGCAGCAGGUGUUGAGGUGGUGAGCUGGAGGGAUUGGAUUGCAGACUAGAAAUAAAAAGAAAAAUGAGUAA